GACAACAAAAUUGACAAAUAAUCAAACUAACCACACACGCAUAUCACAACAAAACUAAAAAUCAACAAUACAACUGUGGAACAUCAGUAACCCUUUGCAGAGAUAUACUGCUGCUUUAACUGACCAGCUGUUGUGGGAAUUUUGUAUUUGGUUGCCAAUUUCCAUCUCCGCCUACAUCCGGCAGUUGGAAAACAAUGGCCAGUUGGGCGAAUCGUCCUCCCAUCGAAAGUAACGGUAGCACAUCUUCGUCGCGCAAGAAAUGGAAUCUUGAAGACAAAAAAUCGUUGCGAAAUCUAAAGUACCAUUUCGCUGAGGAUGGUUGCUCGGAAGUGCAGUUUACUCUGGCCAAACAGUUGCUGGAAGAAAAUUCCGAAACUGAUCCAGCACACAACCACGCACAAGGCGUUCACUGGUUGCUGCGCGCCGCUCAGCAAGGACAUGAAGCAUCGAUCGAACUGUUGCGUGAAUGCUACGAAAGCGGCCGUGGCAUUACGGAGGCGAACGAGGAAGACGUUCGAACCAUCUUGGCUAUGAGCCCGGGUGAGCGGUCAGCUCGCCGUGCCGCACAAGAACUGUUUGCGAGCCUUUCAAACGGUGAAGAAUACGUCACGGCAGCACAGCUCGAGAAGCGUAUGCGAGAGAUUUAUAAAAUGGACAAAAAGCGUAGCCGAACCCAACCGGAUGGUGCCGAGGCGGAAGGAAGCAUGGAGCACAGCUUGGGCGCUGGUCCAUCGGAUGGUGGAAGAUCGCAUACAGGGGAUUCACCUAUCGGUAGUCCUAACGGUGGUGGUGGGCAUCGGUUAAAUCGUAACCCCACCGUGAACCACAUCUCGGAAGCACAUCUCUUGGCAGCCGCCGUCAAUUACUCGAAUGGACAUCUACCGGCUGUAAGUGACGCUCUUAUGCUGUCAGCGCCGGAUCCACACAGCUUGAACCACGUACCGUGCUUCCAUCGUCCGUUUUUUCACCCAUUCAUGUUUUUUCAACUACUGUACCAUCGGUUCGUAUCGCUGUUGUCCACGUUUCCCGGUACGAACGGUAGCAGCUGGGUGCAGCUGUGCCUUAUCCUUGUCACCUACUGGUAUUUCGCGAGCGAUAAUCUCGUAUCACUUUUGCCGGUCGGUGGAUACUACUUGAGUCUCGCCGUAAUGGUACUGUGCAGCUUUCGAAUGCUCAAAUCUAAGCACGACUUCAUCGACUUUCGCAUGUGGUCUGGACUGUUCCUGCGGUACGGUGACGAGCAUUUGAAUACGGACGACUCAGAAAACCAGUAUCUGCGCAACAACCUCAAACCUUACUUCUACUUCUUCACGGCUUUCUUCAUCAACAUGGUGCUGCAGCCGAACAUUAACGACCAGUGGUUACCGUUUUCCGAGAUUACUGUGCUCGCCUUUGCACUCACCUUUCUGACGAUGUUCGCCUUCAUUUACACCUCGAGCGACUCCUUUCCGGACUAUCUGAUUCUGUUCUCGUUCGGAUUGAACGUGCUCGCCAAAUACCCGUACGAAAUGGAUGACGUCGUGACGACUGGUUGGCGAUUUUUGGACCUAAAAGUACCAGGCUUCUCCACGUUCGUCAUCGGUAAUGGAAUUGAGUUUUGUUUGAAUUGUCGCGCGAUGCUUUAUCUCAUGAUACCGGGUUUUCUGAUGUACAUUGCCCGGCGUAACGACUGGCGGGGCAUCUACCAGUAUCUUAUCCCUCACUGCGUAACGCUUGCGUGGCUGCAGAUCUGCAUCAUUAGCUCCCAGUCAGCUACAAUGUUUGGAUUGGUGAGAGGCGCACUCGGACUGUCGGGAUUGUUGCUGUUUCUUCCGCUCUUCGGCAUCGUUACACUGUUGAUUCCAGUAUUCGCCGUCAUUGAGUGGCUCUCGCUGACGGAUUCUACUGUGCGGCUUUGGUCAUCCAUUGCUGCCGCUGUAACAGCAAUUGCCAUCUCUGGAUAUAUGGCUAGCUCUCGACGAACGGAACGAUACAUAACCUUUCUGCAGAUCGCGAUAUGUGUCAUCGGGACCGUUUUUCUUACGCUUCCCCAUAUGAUGUCCAACUUUGAGACGAUUGGAAUGAAUGAAAAUCGUCUAUUCGAAUCAACGGCAUCUGACUCGCUCGGUGAUCAUCGUGAACAAACAAGUGGCCGUGAUGCACUACCGUCCAGCCUGAGCUGGGAUCUGUACUACCAGUUCUGCCAUCAGCCAGCCUGGGAUACGGAGAACAAAGUGAAAACGCAACUUCGCUGCACCAACUUGGACGGCACGUUUGUUCGCUGGGAAGGAACUGUGGUGGAUAUGGCUAUCUCGAGCCGACGAAACCUCCGGGCACAGCUGAUCGAAGGAUAUCUGCCAAAGUUUCUAGCUGACCGUAUCAAUUGCAUCUAUGGCGAACCUAUCGAACCCGAUUGCGGUAAUCUAAAUGGAUCGGUUGAGGGUGAAUGCGAAAAUUUAAAACAUUUCAUGCGACGACAGCGUACAUGUCAUCUCAACAAAUGGAACACCUACGAAUAUGAACUGAAGGUACGGAUGUCAAACGGUCUCCUGACGAAGCCUGUGGAAGUCAUACUGAAAGCACAGCACGCGUUCGGUAACUUUACCCAAAGCCUUAACUAUUCCGAUCGCAUAUGGUUCGUGGGUGUGCUAAGAGAUUCAUCCCAGUCUGCACAUCCUUCUACCGGCGCCACUGACCAAACGCACUGGGACUCAGUCAGUGGUGGAUUUAACCUGAACCUGGGUGGACAGUCUGCUGGUAGCUUCGGUGUGCACACUAUGCGAUUGGGGCGCAAGAACCCACUGAUCGAGCUUCAUUCCAUUGGCUGCCGCCAGUGCCGUAAUCCUGACCUGCCGGCUGUUCACCUGAACGAGGGUCUAAAGGUAAAUGGUCGGAUGCGGGAUCUACUGCGUGGUGUAAAGUAUUUGCUGAACGUCAUAUUCAACCCGCUGGUGAUCUUCAAGUAAGCACCUUUUGCAGGUGUUUUGUAAUCGAUGCUGGUCAUACUCCGUGUUACUCGCUAGUCUUCUGUUGGCAAAAGCUAAGAUACUGGGCUCGCAGUUUUGACCCAAGGGUAAAAUGAAUUGGUCUGCAGUUUGUAUUUGAUCAUCAAUGGUGAAAAAUCUCUUCACUCUGAGCAUUGGCCAACGAUGACGAUGACUGUUUGUUCUUUCCUUCGUGUUUACAGAGCAAUUAUACGUUAAUAAUAUUAUAAACUUACAUUUUCGUUUAAAUUUUCAAUUAACACUAGGGCGUAAUGAAUUCAAAUAAAAUAUUUACGAGUUGUUGAAUCAAUUGCCGUAAUGCAAAUGGCUAGAAGCUUCUUGCAAUGAAAAAUUCUUAAUCAAUUUUUUUAACUACUCUUUAUGUGGACAAUAACAUUACCUGGUUUUAAAACACUAGGGCGAACAAAAAUUACACUAAUUAAAAGAUAUUUAAACUAAGAGAUGCAAGAUUAAUAAAACUAUACAAAAGAAUAUAAACUCA